ACAGGUUUAAAACGACACAAGGUGAGUGAAUUAAUGACUGAAUUUUCAUUUCAAGGUGAUCUGUAUCUUUAAAGUGUCAGAAAUAUGAAAAAAGUAAGUGUGAAUUAUGUGGAGGAUUAUUGAAUAUCAAGAGGAAGUAGACAGAAAUGACUAGCCCCCAACUUGCUUGCUCUUAAGUUACCAUGGGAGGAGCAUUGAGGGCAGACUUCAUGCUCCUCAUCCGCUUUUUCCCUCCAUCCAUUGAUGCGCUUACUCUCUCUCUCCCUUAGCCCCCAUCAUAAUUGUGUGCAUUAGAGUGAGAGGUGCUCAGCUGCAUUUGCUUGCAUGCACACACUCAUAAAUGCAUAAAUGACUUACGCUGCAAGGAGAGAGAGCGAGAGAGGAAGGGAAGGAGGGGGCAGGAGUGCAGGGGGAAUCAGCGCUAGCAUCAGUGUGUGAGAGAGAGAGAGAGAGAGAGAGCGUGAUAGACCAGACAGGGAGGAGAGGAGAAUAGAGGACAGUCGGCUACAUCGCUCCUCACACACAGAGGGAGGUUGAGAGAGGAGAGGAUGAGAGACUGUGGGGGAAGGAGAGGACAAAAGAAGACCGCUGUGCUGCUCAUCACGCUGUUCCAAAGAAGUGAGGCUGGACGAGACUGAUGCUGAACGAGGGAGCCGGCGUGACUUUGUGAUUUUGAAGAGAACAGAAGAAAAGGAUAAAAGAAAAGAGCAUGUUUUUGUCUUUCAGGGAGGGGACUGAGCCAGAAAGCAAGUGAAGGGAGAAGGAGGAUUGUCUGGCACUGUUUAAAUAUUAACGUGAUUAUGAUUUGAACAUAGAGGUAGUUCGUUUUUACCUAAAAUGUGGCUUUCUCGUUCUCUUUUUAAUCCAAGGACUUAGUGGAUAAAAUAUCGUUCUUACUUUCUGCAGCAACUAUACCGUGAGGACAAAAAAAAGCUCUUUAAAGCUCUUUUUUGGAUAACAUCUUACAAACUCUUGUAUUUUUAAUGUACAUAGUGAUGUCUGUUAAAGAAACAUUGUUUUUGGUGUUACUUAAGAGUUAUGCAGACAGAAAUCAGGUUUUUUUUAAUGCAAAACUUUUAGAUGUCUUUCUUUGUAGUGUAUAAACAGGUGCUUUCAUAGAUAUCGGUAGAUAUUUCAUAGAUAUCAGGACUACUUUUUAGCUUUUGCUAAUUCUGCUGUCUUUAGGUGGAAGUGUGCAUGAGUCUGUCUUAAGUGUGUGUGUGUAUUCGUGCAAUAUUUGAUUUUGAGAUGUGUGUCUGGUUCUUUUUGAGUUUGGAUGUCAGCACUGAUCACCGCUGUGGUCUUUGUGGCGGCAGCGGUUGAACUUUCCCGUCGUGUCCAGCGCUCGCUGCAGAACGUUGAUUCACGCUGGCUCUGAGCUCUCGUGAUUGGACGGGGAGCGAGUCGGCAGGUUUUGUGUUGGCGAAACUUGUCGGAUUUUGUUUGGGUUGUGUCAUGACACUGUCUCGCAAAUUUUUUUCCUCAGUCUGUUACCAUGACAACAGUUCCAUUGGCAUGUUAAGGUCUCACGCUUUGUCUUUCACAACUUCAGCGUGUUGCAGCAUCCCAAGUUACACUUUAAACCGCACUCUAUAUUCAAUCUCGCCAGUAUUAGGAAAGAGUCGUGCCUUCAGACCUUCCGAGGGUUCAAGGUGCUUGCUCUGAAUCUUUAGUUCAUUCACUCAAUCUCUAAAUCAGAGUUGCCAACAUUGGACUUGUUUUUUCACUGACCAUCAAAAACAUUGAUUCAUGAUGUUUUAUAUUAUGAUGGUGUAGUUAAACUCAGGUUUUUCCUUCUGUGCUGGAACUGCACUAAUUCAACAUCCGGUUUAACUUUAGGGCAAUGAGAUUAGCCGUUUCGGCUCACAUUAAUCAUAAAGACAAGGAGUCUAGCCUGUUAACUACACCUUUGCUUGAAAAUAGUCUCUCUGUGUGGUUGGUUGGUUUACUUGCCUUUGGUUUCACUUCAGACCAACAGGAACCUCUUGACCUUUAGAUACAUUGCAGCCACUGUUGGGUUGGCAACUCAUUCACUCAUGUUUACUGGUUUCUGAAACAACCCAUCAUAUCAAAACAGGGAUUUUGCCAUAUUCCUAACCGACAGGUGCUACACCCCAAGCUAGGUUACCCUAGUGUGUUAAACUCUUAUUUUAUUAUUUAAAUGUUUUUUUUUUUUUUUUUUAAUAGUCGGAUUUCUACUUCUCUGUACAGGUUCUCCUAAACACUGUGCUAUUUCUGUGCCAUGUUGUUGACAUCAAGAAAGACCAUGACACGAUGAGCGAUUUGGUAAUACAGCCAAGUCUGGGACACUUCUGUCUAAGUGCACUGUAAAAAAAAAAAGUGAGCAAAGCUGUUCAGACUACACUGAAUACAGUGAGCUCUGCAGCACAUAACUACUGGUUCUGUGCCAUGUCGUCAUGAUACGGAUUACAAACUUUGUCUCGUAACUUAUUGCGCUUUGUCAACCAGGUCUGAGUGGUUCUCUUUACAGGUCCUCUGUGAGGAAUCUCUCCAUAAGAAUGGCCCAAUGGCACCACUAACGUGGCACUUUGUAGAUGCAGUGGAGUGCACAUAAAUCCCUCGGUGCUCUCGGGUCUUGCCGCACUCCAUCCAAGAUAAUAGGGCCACCUCGUUGACUGCCAGUCACAUCUGUUGGAACAACUUGGGAUGUCUUGCAAGACACUAUGUCUUUUUGCAGCCCUGAGGAUUCUUUGUGGUGCUAAAGAGUACAAAAACAACUGGACAAAGUAAGCCACUACAAUAGAAGCUCUAUGUGUUUUUUGUGGUUGCUAAUGUAAAAUAUAUGCAGUGAAAACCAUUGUACAUGGAACAAGACUGGAUUUGGUUCAAGUCGGCUGGACUUGGCUAUAAACUGGCAUUCACAACACCAGUAGAAACUGUUAAUGGUCUAUAAAAAUGCUAAUCAUUUGUGAGGUUUAGAGCUACCCUGCUCUGUUAGCUCAGAACUGUUAGAGGUUACAAGACUGUUGCCUCUCUGUCAGAGGUUUUAAAGUGCUUUACACCAGGGAUGAGCAUUGGUGCAGUUAAAUUCGGUGUUUGACAUUGCUAAGUGACAUUUAGGGGGUAGGUUUUCACUCAGGAAACAGAUCUAUGAAGAACUGCUCAAUCCAAGACUGUUUGUCUGAUUUUAAGGUGUCAUUUAGGCUAAUGAGCAAUUGAUUGAUUUUCCAGUUGGCAUCUAAUGAGCAGAUCUCUGGAGGCGGUACUUCAGAUUUGGCCAAUCGGGUCUCAUUACCGUCACCCUGACAGUGCUGGAACAUGCUUGUUUUAGUAACAUCAUAACUCUCUUAUGGCUGGAUUGUCACACUUAAACUUCUUCACAAAUCACACCAAACAAUCAGUGGCUUUCCAAAUGGUGCUCUAACCCAUGUUAUCUUCUAUACAGCCAUAUUUCUCUUGAUUUAACUGUUUCAGGGCUUCUGAGUCUAGUUUAUCCUUUUCUAAAUCAUAUUUCUACAAACUGUUGUUUAUCAGGGUUAUUUAUUAGUGUGUAUAACCGAAAAUUAGUUUUUUUCCCUGAGUUUUUUGAUUCAGUGAAUUAUUGCGCUAAUUUGAAAAUAAAGAGGCUCAGGUGUUUUUUUUUUAAGGAAAAUUGGAGUAGCAGGACAGCCUGGAGAACGGGAAAGAAGACGUGGGAGGGGGAGCGGGGGAGCGAGAGAUUAUCUGGAAAAAGAGAGCGAGUGUGUUGGAGAGGGAGAGAGAGCUGGAGAGGCAGAAGCUGGAGGAGGAGAGGAGGAACGCUGUGGGAUACACGGUGUGGAGGCUGAGGGAGGGAUUCCAGGAGAGGAAGGAUAGAGAGGAGGAUAGACUCAAAGGUACGAGCACUGAGGGCACGAAAGCAGCGCAGGCAGAGGUGAUCUGGAAAAGACGAGAGGAAGAGGAGGAGAAAGAUAGGGAUAGAGCUCAGCUUGGCGACAGAGGUCCCAAAAUCAUCUGGAGGAGGAGAGAAAGGGAGUGACAGGAAAAGAUGGGGAUGUGUCAGCGCUAAGCGCUUUCAGAUGUGUGACAGGACGUGAGGUGGCAGAUUUAGUCUUACAAAUAAACCUGCAUGUACUCAGACUUCAUGUAAUCUAGGUGCUAGAUAAUGUACAUCAGGUCCCCUUUUUAUAAAUUGUAUGAAAUUAAGUGUUACGUUUAAGUCUGGCCUAUAGUAAACCCUGUAUAGUAUCAUAUUAAUAUAUUUAUACAUACAUGAUGCUUAAAACCUGUUAAAAUAAUCAUUAUUUUACGUAAAAAAAAAAUGAAACAUUUAGCUACACUUAAACUUCAGAUUUAGCUUAAUAUUGCAUGCAUAAUUUCAUUUUUACCACAAAAAUAGGAUAGUUUCAGAUAAAGUGAAAAUUAACAGACCUACUAGAUGUCAACGUACCCUUGUUGUAGAUCCCUGGCGUACAUUUUUUAACACCUGGACUAAAUUAAGUCUUUAAACCAAACGUUGAAGAUUAUGUUGAUCGGCGUCAGUCUAAUCAUCACUGAGCGCAGCAGUUUGAAUCAUCAUUAAAUGAUCCACAUUCACCAGAUCAGUACUUUUAGCAUUUUCCGUCCGUCUCUUCCCGCUCUCUUCCUCUCUUGCUCUAUCGAUCUGUCUGUCUGACGGAAGCCUCCUCUCUCAAAGUCUCAGCUGCAGCUAAUAGGCUUUUUAUGGGAGUCUGUCAGACAAGAGCUAGUAGAGUGGAGCCCAGCACAUGCAAAGAGAAAUGAACACGCACGUAAACACACUCGCAUGCAUAUAAAACACAAUAGUACUCUCUUUCACACAUCUACCGAGACGGAUUGUGUCUGGAGCACUUGUAUAUGACUAUACCAAUAACUACAUGACAAUCAUACUAUAUUUAGUAAAUUCACAGUGUCCUGAGAAGCUCUAUGCAGACUUAAGAUCUGAUGCAAACCUACACGCUGUGACAACAGCAGAAAACUUUAGUACUUUUUUGCAUCUGUCUUUUCAUCUCUUUUCACAUCCUGUUUUUGAUACUCUCCCGGACUGAACAGUCAGCACACUGUCCUCUCUCUGGUGCGAUGAUGAAGGAAUCAGUAGAUACAGAAAAAAAGAGGACUAUAAAAGACAAGGGAAGACAAGUUAUCGAUUGUGAUAGAGCAACGUGGAGAAACAAUUAAGGACAUUUAGUGGACAUUGAGAUGGCUGAGACACCAAUGGAGCUCGUCCCUAAAACCAAAUACACGCCCUUCAGGAGCGACUCCUUCAGCUCAACAGACGAGACAGUGUCCAAUCCUUCUCUCCCUUCUUCUGCUCCUCUCACCCCACUCACCCCUCCUGGUAUCCCUCCUUCUCUCUCCUCCUCCUCCCUCACUCCCAUCCUCCCCCCUUCAUCUCCAUGGCAGGCUGAAAACAGCCCCACCACCCUCUGCUCCUUCUUCCCCAGGAUGGGAGCCCUGCGGCUGGGUGUGUCUUCCACUCUGCUCCCAGGCCUGAAGGCCUCCAGCAGGCCGGCUAACAUGGCAGGUGGUCAGGGUGGUUUGGGAGAGUCUGCGGAAGACACUGGGACUUCCGCCGCCAACUCUUCUCCUCCUCCGCCUCUUCCUCUCCUUUCUCUAACAGCCCCAUCUCCUCCUCCUCGUCCCCCACAGGAUAUGAACCGGCUGGGCGGGGCCUCACGGAGGGCCCGUGUGGAAGGGGGCCAGCUCGGCGGAGAUGAGUGGACACGGCAAGGCUCCUUCGUCAACAAGCCCACCCGAGGCUGGCUGCACUCGGACAAUGUGGUCAGCACCACUGGGGUCUCCUACACUGUCAGGUAUAUGGGCUGCGUGGAGGUGCUGCAGUCAAUGAGAGCACUGGACUUCAACACCAGAACUCAGGUUACCAGGGAGGCAAUAUCAGUGGUGUGUGAGGCAGUACCAGGUGCCAAAGGAGCUCAGCGAAGGAGAAAGCCCUCCUCUCGUUGUCUCUCCUCCAUCUUAGGGAAGAGUAAUCUCCAGUUUGCUGGAAUGACAAUCAGCCUCACCGUGUCGACCAGCAGUCUGAACCUGCUGGCAAUCGACUGCAAACAGAUUAUCGCCAACCAUCACAUGCAGUCCAUCUCUUUUGCAUCAGGAGGAGAUCCAGAUACAGCAGAGUAUGUUGCCUACGUCGCCAAAGACCCUGUCAAUCAGAGAGCAUGUCAUAUCCUGGAAUGCUCAGAGGGCUUGGCUCAGGAGGUCAUCAGCACCAUCGGCCAGGCGUUUGAGCUCCGCUUUAAACAGUACCUGAAGAACCCCCCCAAACUAGUUACCCCUCAUGAUCGGAUGGCUCCUUUCGAUGGGUCGGCCUGGGAGGAAGAGGAAGAGGACCUGCCUCCACCCCCAGAUGUUCCGUAUUACAAUAACUUCCCCGGUAAACAGCCUCCCCCUGGAGGCUUGGUUGACAUGAGGACCCGUCCUGGACACAGUACAGGGGCCACGCUGCCCUAUGGACAGCCCAGCCAGAACGACAUUCACAAGCAGCCUCUGCCUCCUCUACCAGUGGGUGUUAAGGAGGGAGGCUCGUUUGACGACCCUUCGUAUGUCAAUGUGGAUAAACCCCGCCUCCCAGCAGCAGCAGCAGCCAAUGGAAAUGCUCACAAAGAUGCGUUUGACAUGAAGCCAUUUGAUGCUGCUUUAGGUGUGUCUGGUGCAGUGGCGCCCCCUCUGGCAGAGCAACUGCAGAACGAGCCCUGGUUCCACGGACCUCUAAGCCGCAGACAGGCCGAAAGACUCCUGACCAAGGAUGGAGACUUCCUGGUGCGGGAGUCAGGCACCACACCAGGCCAGUACGUCCUCACUGGACAGCAGGGUGGCCAACCUAAACACCUGCUUCUGGUGGAUCCAGAGGGAGUGGUGCGCACCAAAGACCACCGCUUCGAGAGCGUCAGCCACUUGAUUAGCUAUCACAUGGACAACCGGCUGCCAAUCAUCUCGGCAGGAAGUGAGGGGGCACUGGGUCCGUGUAUCCCACAACACACAGGAGUCAGUUCGCUCCAGGGUUUCAUCUGAAGAGAAGUUACGGUUGAAGGAAAAAGUGGAGACCCACAACGCGCAGCGGCAAACAAGGACCUGGCCUGCUCUCC